AUGGCGCGUCAACGCAAAGAAAAGUCCGUCAAGGAUAUCAAGCUUGAGCAGCCCGAUCGAUCUGGUCCAAACAAGGAGACUCUCGUCGAUCUCGCAAAGGGCAAAGACCUCUUUGCUGAAGCUGAUCGUCGACAGCGCGAGCUCGAUGGCGAAGGUCCCCUCUUGUCACCUCGGACAGAACGUAUCUUCGAGACAUUGCUAUGGACUGGCGUUAUUGCUACGCUUCACUUGACAUUCGAUGUACUUGUGCAGCAGCAGUAUGCUAUGAACAUUGAUUGGGUUUUAGUCGUCCAGCGAACUCUCACGGCCUGGCUCUUAUUCAUCGGUCUCUUCUACGUCCUCCACCCGCAUUAUUCGCAAAAAAAGUUCAUUCCCCUCAUCCCCCAAGAAUACCAGGAGCCUGUUCGCCAAGCCAUCUUCUUCGUCGCGAGCACUCUAGGUGGCUGCUAUCUCAUCCACAUCAGUAACAGCUACGGAUAUGUAGCAGUCAUGAAGCAAGCACCUCCUAUAGGCUGUUUGUGGGUAUGGUCUGUGGUCGAAAUGGAUAUCCUUUGGGCCUUUCCAAGUCUCUGUAUUGCGGUCGCAUACGCCUACAAGAACGGAUACGGGUUCAGAUAA